UUUUAGCAGACGGCGUUUCUUGCUUUCGAUUUUCGUUUUGUCCGCGCACGUUCGUCUUUUGAUAAGAUACACGCAGGAUAUACUGCAAGUAACAUCCAUUCUAAGUUUGGUGAGACGCACGGUGGUUUACUUCAUAGUUCUGUAAUCGAACAGGAUAGUGGUUUAUAUUUUCUUUGUAGUCGUGGUCCUGCGUCACUGCGUACAGUCUUUGCAAUUCUCCAUCACAGAAGUGCAGCCUGUCGCGAAACUUAACGCUCGCUUUAUCUCAGCUUUAAGAUAUUAACGCACCUCAUCUGAUUUCUAGUAAGUGUUGUAUCUGUUCCGUAUAUUCGUAGGAGGAGAAAUUAAAGUGACACACGGGCGAGCUGCAUAGAUAUGUCGAACGAAGUCGACUUCGACUGCGACGCCGCGGUAUCGGCGCUGUCGUUUAACCUCGAGGAGCUCUCGCUGCGUCAGCAGAGGGACGCCGAUUACGAGAAGGAAGUCGACAGCUUGGAACGCAAGAAGUUUCGCUUGGAAGCGCGUUUGAGGGCCAUCGACCUCAAAGUCGAGCAACUUCGAAGGGACGCCGCUCGACAGGAGUCGGCCAUCUUGCGAGAGCUGGAACGCGAGGCCGAGUCUCUGACGCAAGAAGUGUCCAAAGUUAGGGAAGAAGCCCGCGCGCUGGAACGCCAGUGCUCGCAGAUCGAAGCGAAGUGCGACGCGCUGGAAAAACAGAACGCCGAACUCGGGAGCGCAGCGGCCGAGCUGGAGAGAAGAGUCGAAGAGCUGAAGUCGCAGGACUCCAGUGGCGUCGCCGAAGGAUUCAAGAUGAGAAAGCUGCUGCAGGAAUUUCGCUUUGAGGUCGCUCAGCUGGAGCAGGAGCAGCGCGAGCUGUAUGAAGCAGAGCGCCAGUCCAUGACCCGCGUGGAGUCGCUGCUCACCGAGAGGCUUCGGCGCGUCGACCUCACGCGUCGACUCGAGGCCGACAACGACGCGCUGAGGCUGGCGUUGAUAGAAGCCAGGUCCCGGUCGGCCUGCGGUCCACCGGGUCCUCGCCGGGCCAGUCGUCGCCCUGUCAAAGAAGGUGGCGCCGCCACAGGGAAAGCUGACUUCCGCGUGGGCGGCGUUGACGGCGACGAUAACCAGCGGCAGUCGUUGCAGGAGAUACACCAGCGGCUGUGGGACGACAUCGUCAGGUGGCGCGGAGAGUUCGCUGCGCUUCUGAAGAGAGUCCGCUGCCGCGACACCAGGAAUGCAGCCGUGCAGACGGACCGGGAGCCGAACGAGAAUCGCCCCGAGCAGGCCGCACCUUGAGGCUUUGUCGGCCGUUAUAGCAGUGUCAGUGCAGGCCGCCACUGACAGUGCUGGUUUUCGGAUAUAUAAAACGUAGAUACGCAUUGUUAUUUUGAAACCGAAAGCUUUCUUGUUUGAAAUAAAGGGAUGUACUAGAGAGAAACACUAUAAAUCAA